GAUGAGACGUGCAACUCCGACAAUUCAACCUCUCUGCUUCUUCACGACUUUAAAAGGAAGAGGAAGAGGGAAGGGGGAGGGAGGGCAGAGGAAACCUCAGCUCGAACCUAAUCCACUUGACUGUGACCUCCCUCCCUCCCUUUUGCUCUCUCUCUCUCUCAAGAAAUCUUCAGCCAUAUUCUUUUCUGCAACAAGUUUGGUCCUGCAGUUGCCCUGAGAAAUGGGAGGGCACUCCUGCUGCUACAAGCAGAAGCUGAGGAAGGGCCUCUGGUCUCCUGAGGAAGACGAGAAGCUCAUAAAGCACAUUACCAAGUUCGGCCAUGGGUGUUGGAGCUCUGUCCCUAAGCAAGCAGGUCUUCAGAGGUGUGGGAAGAGCUGCAGGUUGAGGUGGAUAAACUACCUGAGGCCUGACCUCAAGAGAGGUACAUUCUCGCAGCAGGAAGAGGACCUCAUCAUCGAGCUCCAUGCGGUCCUCGGGAACAGGUGGUCAAAGAUUGCAGCACAUUUGCCGGGCAGGACGGACAACGAGAUCAAGAACCUGUGGAAUUCUUGCAUCAAGAAGAAGCUCAGACAGAGAGGGAUCGACCCCGGCACCCACAAGCCCCUCGCCGAGGUCGACGGCGGCGAUGACAACACCCAGAGCAACAGCGGGAAGAACUCCGGCACCAGCGACCUCCAAAUCCUGGUCACCCCUCAGCUGGCGAUGCAGGAGCCGACUCCAUCGGUGUCGGCUAUAGAGAAGUCGUUGGAUGAGAGCGCGACCUCCAAGUGUUCGGCCACGCCCACCAGAGAACCCUUCUUGGACCAGUUUCUUGCGAACCAUGAGAGCUCAUCGAGCUGCCGCUCUUCCAAUUCGAUGGGAUACUUCCCUUUUGCGCAGGCGAGCUUUGCUCCUGACUACGGCGGCGGCCGGACAACCUCGAGCGCUCUACCGAUCAGCUUGAAUCCCCUCCUCUGGUUCAGCCAGACGUCACGGCAUUUGGACGUGACGAACGGCGACGCAAUAUCCACCGUCGCGCCGUCCCUUUCCAGCACAAUUCUCUCGACUUCCAUGGUUCCCGCACCGAGCUGUGCAGCAGACGAUGCUCUCACGAACUGGUACGGCGGCGACUGCAAUAGCAGUCGUCGGAGCAGCGUAGAAGACAGCGGCCGCAUCGUGCUGCAGAGCACUUGCUCCUCCGACAGCUGCAUCUUCCCAUGGCCGGAUCUGACGCCUGACAAAGAUGUUCAGGUCCAGCUCGGAGGGGAGACCGAGGACCUCAAAUGGUCAGAGUACCUUCAUGGCGCAUUCGUGGCGUCAGCAACGCCGCAAGCCCCAAUCCAACCUCUGUAUGGUGACAUCAAGACGGGAAACCAAUUCCCCAUGAACUGUUUCAGCACUUGGCACCAGAACCAGCAGCUGCAGCAGCAGCUGCAAGCUUCAGACAUCUACGGCAAGGAUUUCCAAUCCGUGCCUCUGGGCUUCGAGCAUAUAUAGAUCGCGAAGAGGCCCAAAUUAUGAUCGGAAAAAGGCUCAAGCAAUAAAUUCUUCAAAGUCAUACAGGUGUGUGCGUCAUACACUUCCUCAUUCAUGUCGAGCUGAUGAUACUGGAGCUCUAUCAGCUCUUCAUCUUUGUAUACUUUGUGCAGUGUCAUGAACAAAAGCUUGUGCCAGUCUCGAGUCUUUUCCCUUUGUUCUUCUGUGUUCUUCCUUCAUGGCUUUGCAAUCACUUGGAGGACAGAACUGUUCUAUCUUGUAACCAGAAUGUCUACCUUGUUGCAUUCUCCUUUUUCUCGC